AUGAGGACGCUGGCGAUCACGAUGUGUUUGGUGCUUGCACUUGCAGCUACGAUAGCCGUACCUAUUAAGGAUGUCGGCAACGACCCUCAAUCGACCAGGGAGAAGCGCUCACCGAGCGACUGGCAUUCAGAACCGGAGGGAGUUUGGAAGAAAAAGCUCGUCUGGCAGGAAGAGUGGAAACAAAUUUGGAAAACUGAAAAGAAAUUAGUUUGGAAAACGGUUGAAGUGCCAGCAUGGAAAAAAAGUGUGGAAACCAGUUUGGAAGAAGGUUUGGAUUCCAAUCCACCAUGA